GGCAGUACAAAACUUUGAAGUCAUCUGUGUGGAUCUUGGCGCCGCCAUGGAUGUAAGCUGCACCAGGUGGCGCCACCAUGUCCAUGGUGUACGAGAGCAAGAUCUUGCUCUUCUAGUGAAUAAUACCUGUUUCCCAUUUUGGACUUCCACCUUCUUACUUCAAACACCAACACAGCUCGCCCUGUUUCAGAGAACCUCACAACAAUACCAUCACAAACCAACCUCACCAGGCACAGGCACAAUGUCCACCAGCAAAAUCUUCCCCUGGUCCUCCAUCAAGCCGAAACUCCUCACCUCCGAGGGUCGUUUCAUCUACGACGACAGCAUCUACGCCGACGUCGCCUGUGACAUCCUCACCGAAGCCGCCAAACGCAACCCCCUCCAAGAAAUGCUCGAUGACGCCUUGCGGGCUCUCAAAGACGCCAGAAAGCUCAGGGAGAGUGGGGGGGGUGGUAACGAUGCUGAGUUGCAGUUUGCCUUCUUUUUCAUCUUGAUUGGUAUGGUGACUGUCCAGCUUAGAGCGCAGGAAAGAGAGGUCAUUUCUGAAAAGAUGAAGGGGAGCAAGAGCCCUGGGUGUGAGGGCACGGAUAGUGGGUUGAGUGAUGGUAGUGGGCAGAGUGGUAAUUUUGUCAAGAUCGAUCUGGAUGAGAUCCGGGAUGUUAUGGCGCGAGAGGGGGUCAAGAGAAAGAGCGUUUUGAACAAGGUUUCCGAGUGGGUUUUUGGGAAGGGGAAGAAAUGAGGGUGUUGGGGAUUGGAGGGCGAUGAUCACCUAAUUACCUGGCCGGGUAUUAAGACAGUUUAUCACGACUUUAAGCGUAAAUAAAGUGGGCCAUGCUGCGAUAUACACGGCCAGGGCAGCAUCAAACAGAUCAUUGUGAUGUGAACUUUCGUGUUCAGGUUGCGUGGCGCUCUUGGUAAAACUCUGGGGUGUACGGUUCUUUCCCUCCUCAA